AUGAAAUAUCCCUCAAGGACUUGGUUGGAUUAUUAUCGAAUUGACGACAUGAGUGGUGUAGAUAGCAGCUACAGUUGGGUGGUAGCUUUAGCAGGCAGUCUGAUUUCCUUGUUAGUAUCGUGUCCCGUAAGACUUGGGGCACAGAUCUUUGUGUCUUUGCUAGAUCGUUAUGACACGACCAGGAAAGAAGCUUCUUUUCCUUUCGUACUAGCUGCGUUUUUGAGAGGUGUAUCAGGACCGUUUGCGGGAGCUUUUGGUGAUAGAAUCGGCUUGCAAGGAGUAACAAUUUUCGGAUGUUUACUAUGUUCAGUUGGUGUUGGAGGAUGUUUCUUUGUGGAAGAUGUUAUGACAAUAAAUAUAUGUCUGGGUGUAAUCUUUGGUAUCGGUUACGGAUGGUCAUGUGCUCUCAUUCCUGAAAUUAUAAAUCAACAUUUUAAAAAACAUCGCAGCAUAGCAUAUGGUAUCACUUCGUCAGGAGGUGGACUUGGAUCUUUCUUCUUUCCACCAAUCUUGGAUUUAAUUUUGAAAAAAUUUGGAGUAUCCGGUACGUUUCUCAUAAUGGCAGCAUUGCUAUUAAACAGUGUGCCAGCAGCAAUGCUGCUUAGAAAACAAAAGAGAGUAAAGAAAAGAGCCAAUUUCUUACCAUUGCUUGACACCAAACGUGCACCUGCAGCUGAAGACAAGAGAAUAUCUGAUCGUGCUGCCAUGCAAGGCAUAUCUAGGUCUUUUGAAGAGUUGUGUGAAGUUUCUAAUUGUGAAGUUGAUUUGCUGUCCAACUUUCAGACCGACAAUGGAAAUUCUAAAAUUCAACUAAAGGAUGCAAAUAUGAAGCAAGAUACUACUGAUAUGAAAUGCCCCGUUGCUGAUAGAAAAAAUCUCGUUAUGUGGCCUGUAAAAAAAUUUCCCGAAUUAGCUGAUUGUUUCUUUCGAGGUUCCAUGGGAUCUUACGAUGGUCUUUUAUACUUAAUGGCUUCAAUGUUUGCAGUUUGUGUUAUAUUGCUUCUGCUGUUACCCAUUCUUGCAAAGCAAAGGGAUCAUGUAUAA